UUGCCAGGGCAUUGCCAUGUGGCAGGGGGAAGUUGGCGUCUUGGCUGGCAUCCUGUUUUUCCAGUUGACAAUUAACACGGCAGGAGGCCGCCCUUGCUCUGCCAGGAACUUUGGGCAUGGCUCCUUGGUGUGUGAAUGUGGUGCCUCCUAUUGUGACACAUUAGAGCCUGUCUCCCUUCCUCCUUUGGGCUCUUUCGUCAAAUAUGAAAGCAACAAGGCUGGGAAGCGCAUGGAGCGUAGCGAAGGGAGCAUGAGUGACAAGCCUCAACAGACAGCCGGUCUCCAGCUGAAGCUCAAGACAACCCAGAAAUAUCAGAAAAUCAAGGGCUUCGGAGGGGCUCUGACGGACUCCGCGGCUAUCAAUAUACUGGCCCUGUCCCCGAAGGCUCAAACAAACCUGCUCAAAUCUUACUUCUCGGAGCAAGGGAUUGAGUACAACUUGGUCCGUGUCCCCAUGGCGAGCUGUGACUUCUCCGUGAGGCUGUAUACGUACGACGACUUGGAAAAUGAUUUUGAGCUGAAAAACUUCAGUCUGACUGAGGAGGAUACCAAAAUGAAGAUCCCCAUCCUUCAGCAGGCCCAGGCUGUGGCCCCAAAGCCCCUCUCCCUCUACGCCAGCCCCUGGACCUCCCCGGUCUGGAUGAAAACCAACGGAGCCAUGACGGGCCGUGGGACCCUGAAGGGGAAACCGGGGGACAAGUACCACAAGACCUGGGCCAAUUAUUUCAUCAGGUUCUUAGACGAAUAUGCCAAGUAUAACCUGACCUUCUGGGCGGUGACGGCCGGGAACGAGCCGACGGCUGGAGACAUCAUCUUCUACCCGUUCCAGUGCCUGGGCUUCUCCCCGGAGCACCAGCGGGACUUCAUCGCCCAAGACUUGGGCCCGGCCUUGGCCAACAGCUCUUACAAGGGCAUCGAGCUCAUCAUUCUCGACGACCAGCGAGUCAUGCUGCCUUACUGGGCCAAAGUGGUUCUCAAAGACCCCGAGGCCUCCCGCUAUGUUAAUGGGAUUGGCAUCCACUGGUAUUUGGAUUUCCUGGCCCCCAUCGACUUGACGCUGUCCAUCACCCACCAUCUCUUCCCCGAGUACUACCUCAUCUCCACUGAAGCCUCCACCGGUUCCUACUUUUGGGAGCCUCGCGUGGUUCUUGGGGGCUGGGACCGUGGCAGCAAGUACAGCCACAGUAUUCUCGCGAACCUCAACAACUACGUCACGGGCUGGACCGACUGGAACCUGGUGCUGGACAUGGAAGGGGGCCCCAACUGGAGCAGGAACUAUGUGGACAGCCCGAUCAUCGUCGACGCAGCCAACGACGUCUUCUACAAGCAGCCCAUGUUCUACCACAUGGGCCAUUUCAGUAAGUUCCUCCCAGAGGGGACCCAGCGCAUCAGCAUCCAGAACAGCAAAUGGACCAGCUUGGAGUCCUCGGCUUUCCUGCGCCCGGACGGUUCGGCGGCUGUCGUGGUCUUGAACAGGUCCCCCAAGGACGUGCCUUUUGGAAUCUCCGAUCCCGGCGUGGGCUACAUCCAGGCAGUGGCGACCGCGGAUUCCAUCCAGACCUAUCUGUGGAAACGGCCCACAGGCGGCACGGAGCAGCCCGGCUCCAGAUAA